ACAGAAAGAGAGAGACAGAGAAGUGAGAGGGCUUUGGGAAGUGAGAGAGGGCUUGAUGUAGGCUGUAGCGAGAGAAAGACAGCGAUAGAGAAAGAGAGGAAGGCAAGCGAGGUCUUUUUUAGGGGUUUUUUUUUCUUCUACUGCAGGACCGGUAGACCAAAGAGAAAAACAACGCUCCAAAAUGCUCUGCCAUGUAACGCGGCCGGACUCGGUGGUCAUGGAGGUGGAAGUGGACGCGAAGGCGAAUGGAGAGGACUGUCUGAAUAAGGUAUGUAGGCGGUUGGGCAUCAUAGAGGUGGACUACUUUGGCCUGCAGUUCUCCGGCAGUAAAGGCGAGAACCUGUGGCUGAACCUGAGGAACAGAAUCUCACAGCAGAUGGACAAUCUGACACCAUGCAGGCUCCGACUGAGGGUCAAGUUCUUUGUGGAACCUCAUCUAAUACUGCAAGAGCAAACCAGGCACUUGUUUUUCAUGCAUGUAAAGGAGGAUCUUCACCGCGGUCACCUGCGGAUGGGCUCGGAGCAGGCCGUGGAGCUGAGUGCUCUUCUGGCUCAGGCUGAAUUCGGAGACUAUAACCAGAACACAGCCAAGUACUGGUACACGGAACUGUGUGGAAAAGAGCCCGACCAGGCCACAGUUAACAGUAUAAUAGCUCGACACCAGGCACUGGAGGGUGUCAGUCAGGGUUCAGUGGAGUAUCAGGCUCUGCAGUUGGUCUCAUCUCUGGAGCAUUACGGAGUGGAGUGGCACUGGGCCCGGGACGCUGAGGGACAGAGGUUGGCGAUUGGAGUCGGGCCAGAGGGCAUCGCAAUCUGCAGGGAGGACUUCAGUCUGGUCAACAGGAUAUCCUAUCCCAUAAUACAAAUAGCCACUCAGUCAGGGAAGAGCGUGUACUUGACAGUCACCAAGGAAACCAGCGACAGCGUGGUCCUGCUGUUCAAACUGAUCAGCAACAGAGCGGCCAGCGGACUUUACCGGGCCAUCACGGAAACGCACGCCUUCUACAGAUGUGACACGGUGACGAAUGCCGUCAUGAUGCAGUACAGUCGAGACUUCAAGGGUCACCUGGCCUCGCUCUUCCUCAACGAAAACAUCAACAUGGGCAAGAAGUACGUCUUCGACAUCCGCCGCACGUCUAAGGAGGUCUACGACUACGCGCGGCGAGCUCUCUACAACGCCGGCAUCGUGGACCUGGUGUCCCGCUCCGGGGGACGCUCCCCGUCCUCCCACUCGCCUUCGCACGGCUCGCAGGGGACGCUGGACUGCAGCGGCUGCCAGCAGAGUCGAGCGCUGCAGGAGAAGCUGCAGAAGCUUCGGGAGGCGCUGCUGUGCAUGCUGUGCUGCGAGGAGGAGAUAGACGCAGCGUUCUGUCCCUGUGGGCACAUGGUCUGCUGUCAGAACUGCGCCAAACAGCUCCAGUCGUGUCCAGUUUGCCGAACAGAGGUGGAACAUGUCCAGCAUAUCUACCUGCCCACCUGCACCAGUCUGUUAAACCUGACCAUUACAGGCAGCAGCAGCCCUGAGCCCAUCCACCGUGGUAUGGCCCCACACACCUGCACUAGCAAAGACUUCUCCAGCAGCGAGAAGAUCUACCAGACCUAAGCAAGCCCGGCGCUCUUCCACAAAAGCUUUUACUUUAUUUACUACGACUCAGCAUCCGUCACGGUCCACUACAACAUCUGUUCUUGAAGCACCAAUCAAGAGACCUGCCAACUUUUUACUGUUUUUGUAUGUUUUUUGUCUUUUAUUUAAUCUGUAUCAGUUGAUCUGGUAAACAGCUGUGUGUUCUUUUAAAAUCCGAAUUAUUUAUUUUUUUUCUCUCUUCUCUGACGUUCUCCUAACUCCUAUCAGACAUGAAGCUCAAAUUUGUGCACCUUCCGUUUUCUUUUCCAGCUUGUGAACAUAUUUUAGAACAUUUGAGGGUUUUUUUUUUUUUCCCCCCACUUCAUUGCAUUUUAUGUGGUUUAUUUUUAAUCGUGGCAUUUUCCACUUUCAGUAUAUUUGAUUUGCAGUGGAACCGAGCCUGCAGUAUUUUUUUUUUUUUUUUUUUAGUUUCCAGGCUGAUGUUGAGGGAUUUUGUGGGCACAAACCUGCACAUUGUGCCUCUGAACUGAAAAUUGGACAUGGUCGCUCUCCAAAUGCAGGAGGACCAGCUGAAAAGCAGAGAAGUAACAUGUGUUGGUGUUUUGAAGCUUUGUACCGUUUCCAACUUCAGCUCCGGUCGACUAGCAACAUUGUUUUAUAUGCAAAGGAUACAUGAGGAUCUGUCUGUGCAAUGCUAGCGGUUUUCACGAAGGCUUUGUGGGAGAUUUCUGAGGGAAAAACGAGAAAAGGAGUUAAAAAAAAAAACUAUCUAUUCUACACUGUCACUUUACUGAGGAGUUUCCUAAGUGUAUUACUCAUAGGGCUUUGCCUUAAUGUAGCAGUAACACCGUGUGUUUGGUAUGCAUAUUCUUUCUUUGCACAGACUUUUGUUGAGAAAUGAAGAGGAAUUAUUUUCUUUAUUGCUGACACAAUAUAUGGCACAAUCACUGCAGGGGAUAUUUUUUCACUUUGUACAAGUAGAUUUUUGUUUCUGUUUGAAGCAGAAAACUAUGCUCUGUACAUGUAGGAUCUUGCCGAUCUUUUAUAUUUCUUUGGACAACAGAGGUAUUAAUAAAGAUGUGAUUUUUAAACAUA